GAUUCUUUUCCCUUGAUUUAACAAACAUCCAUUCUCCCCAAUAUGUCGGCCACCGCAAACAAUGUGAUCGCUACAGGCACCUCGUCGGGCCUGGGGUUCGAAGUGAUUAAACAAUUGCUCGAGAAGCCCGAGCCUUACAACUUUGUUCUGGGUGCCCGAGACAUUCAAAAAGCCCAAACCGCCUUUGACGAGCUCAAAUACGACACCUCCAGGCAUACAAUCUCCCUUCUGCCGGUUGAUUUUACCGAUCUGCGUAGUGUACAGCUAUUCGCGCAGCAGGCUCUGGCCAAGCUAGGCCACAGGAAGCUGGAUCUUCUUUUCUUGUGUGCGGGAAUGGCUGCUCCUGCUGAAGGACCUGGUCCUCACGGCUCACAGUGGUGUGCUUCAUAUGUUGUGAACCACCUCUCUCAGCAUUAUCUCGUCCACCAACUCCGUGAAACCCUGGCUGCUUGUAAAUCGCGCAUUGUCGUGGUGUCAUCCGGAGCUAUUCGAAACGUUAGGAAUCAAGACCCGAGAACCCUUGAUGUCGACUUGAAGGCCAACUCUGGGGCAGACCGCGGCGUGGUGUACAGUGCCUCCAAGUUCGCCCAAUUACUGGGUGCGCACUAUUGGCGUCGCGAGCUGCCUGGCUGUACAGUUGUGGCAGUUUCGCCCGGCCUGAUCCCCGGCACGACGCUGGCUGGAAGAGACCUGGGCUUGACCAUGGACAUGCCCGAUGCCAAAACCGUCCCUGAGGGUGCCCAGAAUCUCCUCCGUGCCUGGACCAUCAAUGAUUUCCCUGCAGACCCGGAACAAAUCAUGUUGACCAGCUGGGGUGAGUGGUGGCCGAAGGAAGUUUUCCAGCUUAGCUUGGACACUGCACUUCAGAACAAAUGGUGCCUGAGUAGGGAUGAUAUCGAGACAACCGAGGGCCUUUCUGCAUAAUGACGAUACUAUAGCUACUCUUCCUGUAGACAAUCGCUCGCGGUGAGGUCUUACAAAGCGUUUUAUUAAAAAAAUUACCUAGGCUUGGUAUGGCAAUUGGCGCCAUAUUUAUACUCGCACGGUUGCUGUUGGCACCGGGCUUUAGGCUUCAACACAACCGUCUUCAAUUAGUCUGCGACGAGGAAGUUUAUUGAUUUAGAGACACUGAGUAGCAUACAAUCAUUAUCCU